GUUACCGUGGCGUUCCUAGUGAUGCAUAGAAUCCGUGGCUCCUUUGUUGCUCUGAUGAAAAGACAUGUGCGCUUAGUUAUAUUUAGGGGCCUACUUGUUUAUUUUCCUUUUCGUAGAAGACUUAUUUAUGAUCAGCUAUUCGUCCUUCGUAAAUUUUGAACAUGGAGAAUUUCAUUCUUUAUGAUGCUUUAGAGAAAAGUGAUCACACUGUUGUGUACAAAGGGAGAAAGAAGGGCACAAUUAAAUUUGUUGCUAUACAUCGAAUUGAGAAGUGUAAGAGAUGUGAAUUGACAAACACUGUUCGGAUGAUUCAUGACUUAAACCAUCCAAAUGUUGUCAAAUUUGAUGAAUGGUAUGAAACUAGCAACCACUUGUGGUUAGUUAUCGAAUUAUGCACAGGUGGCAGUUUAGAGAAGCUCAUUACUCAAGAUGGUCAUCUCCCAGAAGACUCCAUUCGAAAAUUUGGUGUUGACCUUGUCAGUGGACUUCAUUUUCUUCAUUCCCUUAACAUAAUCUUCUGUGAUCUACGUCCUUCAAAGGUUUUAUUUGAUUGUUAUGGCAAACUGAAAUAUGCUGACUUUGGUCUGUCUAAAGCUGAAGAAGAGAACCUUGAAGAAGUUUUUCAAAAGUUUCUUGAAAUGAAUGACAUUAACCCUAGAGAUGAUGAAGAGCUUAUCAAGAAACAACCGACAAAAGGUUCACCAAACUACAUGGCACCAGAGGUACUGAAAGGUGGAGACAUGACGGUGACAUCUGACCUUUGGUCAUUAGGCUGUGUUCUUUAUGAAAUGUAUACAGGUCACCAACCUUUUCAAGCAGAAACAUUCCAGGAGCUUGUUGAUAAAAUAGUUAACGAUGAUUACCCUCCUCCUAAAGUUAUAGGUUCCAAACCAUCCUUAAAACCUUCAUCUGAAUUUCUUGACCUUCUGAAAAGAUUGUUAGAAAAGGAUCCUUAUAAAAGGAUAACUUGGUUCGAUCUGGUACAUCAUCCAUUUUGGGAAGGAGAGCUGGAAAAUUUGCUGAAACAGUUUUUUAACAACACUUCAAAUGGAACAGAUAUAUCAAGUGACGAGAAAUUGAACCACAGUGUGUUGUCUUCAGACAGCGAGCACAGCCAGAGUACGCAGGACAUUUCUGCUGCCCCAACCUUUGAAGAAGAGCAGACCGUCACUCAAUCAACAUCAGCCCAUGAUAAUGAUGCAUCCAUUGCUGAGGAAGUAAACACUUCAAUAACUUCUUCGCCUAUAGCAGACUUAAAUACUUUCAAGCCAAAAAUGCAUACAGUUGGAGAAACCAGUUUAGGAGAAGGUCUUUUUACUUUGAGCACUCGAUCAUCCACAAAUAUUCCGUCCAAAAAUCAUUCCAUUUCACUUGUACAGUCUUGUGGUUCUCCAACUUAUCCAAAUGAAGUCUUACAAAAUCCUGAAUCUAACACAGGACUUCUAGAAUUACUUUAUCAUCCAACAGACUUUAAUGUCACACCAAUUGCUGAUAAUCCAAAGAUAACUAAAGUUAUACCCUUGAAAUAUGAAGCAAAGUCUCUACCCAUUGCUCCCUAUGGAGUGGAAAAAAUCUUGACUUUAUCUGAAAAAGCUUACCAAAAACACAUCAGUCAGAUUAUAGAUAUAUUUCUAAAUGUAGAAAAAGGUCCACCCACUCAGAAACGCCAUAACUUCUUAAACUAUCUUGGAACACUGGUCUCCAAUGUUACUAUCGCCAAUUCCUUGGUUAAUCAUGGGAUGUUGACUCAUUUGGCAAGGCAAGCCAAAGACAGUAAUAAUACUGACCUGAGAUCUAAAUUAAGUCGUGUUGCAGCUCUUCUGGUAAAUUCUACAACAGAAAUUGAAGAUGUUGUAAAUGUUUCAGAGCCCAUCACUAUAUUUACUGAAUUACUCCGUGACAAUCUUAAAAAUGGUAAACUGCGGCACAGCUUACUGCCUGCUGUUGGGGAACUUCUCUUUCUUGUGGCUUGUCAAGAAAGUCAAAGAGGCGAGAGUAUCGAAAACUGGUCUGUUCCUACAAUGACACACACAAUUAUUGCUAAAUGUUGCCGUGAAGAGGGUGAUAUCAUUGUGAACCAUUUGGCUGCUAAAAUAAUUGAGAAUGUGACCACAACAUUUGGUCAUCAUGCUCAGAAAUUUGCUACAAAUGAAAUAGGUCAGUCACUUUGGUAUCUUUACAAACAAACAGCCAUGGAUUCCUUGCAAAUUACAGUCAUACUGGCAUUGUGUCGAAUCACCAGACUAUCUGUAAGUGUCUUUCAGAAUGUUCUUGAUUCUGUUGGUGUUGCCAGUGUACUGGACACUUUUUCAUCUGGCAUCACUCGAAUACAUCAGGCAGUAAUCACCAUGUUUGGUGCACUCCUCAGUGCAGGUUAUUGUGUUCCCCGUCUACUUCAAGAUAAGGUAAUUUUUAUUUAUUUUUCUUAUUUUAGGUUGAUGAUGUACAUUGAAAGAGACAUUCAAGGAACUGUUGCCGAUCCAAAGGUUUAUUCCACUUCUGACCAUCUGACAUCAUGUUUGACAAAACUCUGUGAUGUCAUAGUUAAGUCUGUGCCUUAUAUUAUAAAGGAAAUCCUGGAUGCACUUGAUCCCAUCAGCAGAAGACAACACAUAUCAAAUGCUAUUUUAAUUAGGCAACUCCGUUUAGCCUUACCUCAAGUUGAUAUCAUUCCAAGCUUGAUCUCCAGUAAUUUAUUUAGAAAUCGGAUUGUCAGUGAUAAAUUCUGCCGUGAUAUUGGGAAUCUUUUGAUUCAUGUGAAAGAUAUCGAAGUUUAUGGAACCAAUAUUGAUGCUGUCAUUGGACCUGGAAGCACCACGGAUUUUGUCACCCAAAUUGUUUCUGUUAUUUAUACUAUGAGCCAGCAUUCAGCUCUUCUACAGCAGCAUUAUGAUGUCAUCACUGGAAUUUGGUUACGAACCCUUGUACAGCUUACAGCAUGCCAAGAUACCCCAACAAGAGAGUCAUGCCUUUGGCUUGUAGCUGAAUUGGCAUCAUUUUACCUUGGACAAGAACAGAACAGUCAUAGAGACGGACAGUUCACUAAGAAGCUACACAGCUUGAUCGAUGACUACCUUCUCCCCCAAUGUGAGCAGAUCCUGCUUGAUCAAGAUCCUCUACCAAGCUAUGCCCUCAAACUGUUUGGUGUUCUAUUGGACCACAGCCCUGGUUUUAUAAAAUAUAUUGAAAAACAUUGUCUAAUUACUGUCAUUUUUCAAGUUUUGAUUGAUCACCAACAUAACCCUGUUAGUAGUGCUGUGAAGACUAUUGUCAAGAUAUUGCGAUGUAUUGUAGGACAUAAGGAGACUAAUAUGUCAGACUUGUAUGAACAAGGUUUGAUUGGACACUUAAUAGGAUUAAUAUCUGAAUUAAAUCCUACAUGUAUGGAGCCAGCGAACCCUAGUUACAAGGUUUCAGUGGAGAUGUUGCAUGAUCUCUUAGAUACACUUCAUGGCAACUUGAAGUAUAUCUCAGAUGUUGUGAGGAAAGUGAUUCAGGCAAAGAAACAUGGAAAUGAAGACAUCAUUGAUAAUAAUCGUGCUGAACAGUUACUUCUCUUAAACAAAGCUUUUAUAGAUGUCAACCCAUUGCUUGUUCAACUGAUGUGUCAUGCUGACUGUGAAAUCCAGGAAAUUGCCACUAAAUUGCUGUCGUUGACAGCCCAGUUGUUUGGAGGAGAAUGUCAAGAUGCUUUGACUGAUGAAAAUAUGAUAUUCUAUUGUAAGGCAUUGAAAAUUGCCGACAGCAAAAGACAGAAAUUGAUUCUACGAAUUAUAAAACGUUUUGUGACAGUCGAAAAACACCAUACCAAUACCUUAAAACAGAAUGGAUUAGAGUUAUUAAAUGUAAUUAAAUCACUCAGUCACACAGCCAGCUCUACAGCAGACAUUGCAAUUACAUCUCUGGCAAAUGACAUUCUGAAGAUUGGAGGAGUUGCUUGAGUUAAAUAAAGCUUUUGAGUAACACACACAUGCACAAACUUUUUAUAUAUAUUUACACACAUAUAUGUAUGUAUAUACAUACAUACAUUACACACACGCAAACACACAUAACAGACAUACACACAGACACACACAAAUGCCUUAUGAAGAAUCUGCUUUACUGUAACAAUUAUUUGAAUUUUUGUGUUCAGUAUUUGUUGACUUAACAUAUCAGUUGCUGAGAUUUUUUAAAAUUUUUUUUUAAUGUAUUUAUGUAUGUAUUUAUUCAGUUUUGUAAAAGGAAGAAAUAAAAAUAU